UAUUCUCAAGCUCGAGCAAAGUGAAGCAGUUGUACUCGACUCAUCUCGUGUUUGACUCCUACUCGCUGGUCUCCAAGCCGUCUGAACAGAGAAAAUCAUUCUCCACCUUUCACUUGGCAAAUGACAAGGAUGGUUGUCAUGCAUGAUAACAGUCGAACCCCAUAUAUUAUCGGGCUGGCUUUUCCGGACCUAAGCGCAGCCUGAUCGAGCAUACUACCGGUACCGUCGGGUACUGAGCCCAUUGCCAACGCUUUAUUCGAGGCACUUGCAAUAUUAUAUAUAACCAUCCUCACUCCCUUCAUACCAAGCAACGUACAUCGUAAGUGGUACCAAGAGAGGACGCCAAGAUGAUUCGAUCUUUCGCCGCCACCAUGACCUCCUUCUUCUUCCUCCUCACGCUCCUCUUUCCCAUCUCCUUCUCUUUCCCGCAGAUGCUCACCCCAGACAAGGCCUGCAACGUUACCACCAACCCUUCUUUCUGCAAGUCCCUCCUGCCCACCGACUCCCUCUCAAACUUCUACAGCUACGGCCAGUACCUUGUCAAGAAGUCCUUAGAGCGGUCCGCCUCCUUCUCUUCCCUCAUCAACGAGACCAUAAGAGAUCACGCCACCCUCACCCCUCGAGCAGCAGCUGCCCUCAACGACUGCCUGCUGCUCUCCCAACUCACCACCGACUUCUUGGUCUCCUCACUGGCGACCCUCGACUCCGGCAACACAACAACCCUCGCCCGAGACAAGGCGGACCUGGUCCAUACCCUCUUGAGCGGCAUCGUCACUAACCAGCACACUUGCUUGGAUGAGCUCACGCUGGCGUCCUUCCUGCACCGCGGCCACAAGCUCUAUGCUCCGCUGGUGAAUGGGUCUCAGCUGUACAGCUUGUCUCUCGCCAUGCUCACCCACUCCUGGGCCUUCAAGCCCAAGAAGCUGGUGCAUCCCGACAGGAGGCUUCUGGACGACCUGAGAGUAGGCGGCGAUGGUGCGCCUCUCUGGGUGAAUAGGAACAUCUUCCACUUCGCCGGUGGAGGAAGGAUGGCUCUACAGAGCGUGGGCAGCGUGGUUGUGGCUCUGGAUGGCAGUGGCCAUUACCGCACUAUCCGUGAAGCCAUUUCUGCGGCUCCGGCCAACGACGGGAGUAAGGGGUACUACGUGAUCAACGUGAAAGCGGGAGUGUACGAGGAAUACGUCACCAUACCUAAGUCCAAGAAGUACAUAAUGAUGGUAGGAGACGGAAUGGGCAAGACCGUCAUCACCGGCGACCGGAGCGUGGGAGGUGGCGGCUCCACCACUUUCGGCUCUGCAACUCUAGCCGUGCUUGGGACUGGCUUUCUAGCAAUGGACAUCACCGUCCGGAACACGGCCGGAACAGGGAACCACCAAGCAGUAGCUGUCCGGAACGGCGCCGACCUGUCGGUCUUCUUCCGCUGUAGCUUUGAGGGAUACCAAGACACUCUUUACGCCUACUCACUCCGCCAGUUUUACCGCAACUGCAACAUCUAUGGCACGGUCGACUUCAUCUUCGGCAACGCGGCCGCCGUCUUUCAAAGCUGCAACAUCUAUGCCCGUGUCCCCGGUGGAAAGGUCAACACCGUGACCGCUCAAGGCAGAACCAGCCAGUUUCAAAACACCGGCACCUCCUUCAUCGGCUGCAACGUCGCCGCAGCUUCCGACCUUGCCGGCCGCUCUGGAAUCAAGACGUACCUCGGCAGGCCCUGGAAGGAGUACUCCAGAACGGUGUUCAUGGAGUCAAAUCUUGGCAGCUUGAUCGACCCUGCUGGUUGGAUGCCUUGGUCUGGUAGCUCAGCUCCAAGCACCAUAUACUAUGGUGAGUACAACAACCGUGGCCCGGGUGCAGCCACCGGCGGGAGAGUCAAGUGGGAAGGGUUCCAUCUGAUGAGUUCAAGUGAUGCUGGCCGAUUCACUGUGUCCAAUUUCAUACAAGGAAGUAACUGGCUGCCGAAGACCGGGGUGCCAUUUGGAUGAUUGAUCAAUUGGAAGAUGAUAUGAGAAAUCAUAUUAUAAGAGUACUAUUUAGUCGUUUUCUAGGUGGCUUUCUCAGUGAUGUAUUUAAGUAAUUGUAACGACUAGUAUUAGUUGUAUUAUGAGUUUUUGCAUAUGAAAACGUUUUAGUGUUUCAUGUAAACUAGUAGUUUGCUGCAAGUGUGCUUCCCCCAUUUUUUUAUCUUCCCUUCUUGUGCACUCUAU